CCCUUCCUUUCUUGUCCUUUCCCCUUCCCUACCCCUAGGGAUAUUUUUCUAUAGUAGAAUCCUUUCUCUCACUUAUCCACUCCUUCGAGUAAACAUAGCCUAAGAGCCAACGACCGUGGAUUCUUUUAUUAUUCUAUUAUCCAGUCUUUCACCACCUUACCUAUUUAAGCCCCUCAAAUGCAGCACCCACCUAUUAAUUUAACAGCCACUUCAUCUAGUCCUUCAAAGGAACGAUACAUGGAGAACGGGAACAUCGCCGCCGCAUCACCAGAAGAGGGCCAACGCCGCCCGGCGUUCGGAUGGGCCGCCAGAGACGCCUCCGGCGUCCUCUCACCCUUCACCUUCUCCCGGAGGAAAAAUGGGGAGAACGAUGUGACCAUCAAGAUCUUGUACUGCGGCAUCUGCCACUCUGACCUCCACUCCGUCAAGAACGGGUGGCAAAACUCCGUCUACCCGAUCGUGCCUGGUCACGAGAUCGUCGGCGUUGUCACCGAGGUGGGCGGCAAGGUGGGCAGGUUCAAGUUGGGCGACCACGCCGGCGUCGGCUGCAUGGUCAACUCCUGCCGCAGCUGCCACGAGUGCGCGCGGCACCAGGAGAACUACUGCCCCGGCAUGAUCGUGACCUGCAACGCCACCGACGCCGACGGCACCGUCACCUACGGCGGCUACUCCGACUCCAUCGUGGUGGAGGAGCACUUCGCGGUGAAGUUCCCGGCGGGCAUGCCGCUCGACCGCAGCGCUCCUCUGCUCUGCGCCGGCAUCACGGUCUACAGCCCCAUGAAGCGCUUCGGGUUAGAUGUCCCCGGGAAGCACAUCGGAGUGGUGGGCCUCGGCGGGCUCGGCCACGUCGCCGUCAAGUUCGGCAAGGCCUUCGGCGCGAAGGUGACGGUGAUCAGCACGUCGCCGAGCAAAAGGCAGGAGGCCGUCGAGCGGCUGGGCGCCGACGCUUUCCUGGUCAGCGAAGAUCCAGAUGAGAUGAAGGCCGCUUGGGGGACCAUGGACGGCAUAAUCAACACUGUCUCAGCAGCUCAUGAUGUAACUCCAUGGCUGUUUCUUCUCAAAACUUCUGGACAAAUGAUCAUGGUUGGUGCACCAUUGAAGCCAUUAGAGAUCUAUGCUUUCCCCUUACUUGUAGGUGGGAAAUCUAUCGUAGGGAGUAUAAUUGGUGGGAUGAAGGAGACUCAGGAGAUGAUAGAUUUUGCAGCAGAGCACAAUGUGACAGCAGAUAUCGAGCUUAUCAGCAUGGAUUAUGUGAACAAAGCCAUGGAGAGGCUCGCAAAGAAUGAUGUCCGCUAUCGAUUUGUUCUCGAUAUCGGGAACACUUUGAGUGCUGCUUAAGAGUAAGGAAGUUUAUAGUUGCACGAGGGAGCAACUUGAGUUUGCCAUAGUUUUUACCUUCUCGUAUGUUUUUAUUUACUCAAUUUGAAUUUGUAUUGGGAUAUUAGUAGCCGAUCCACCUAGUGGGGAUAGUGGAUAAGACUUUCUUGUAGUGCUAUGUACUAGUAUAUUUGAAAUAAGAUUUUGUUGCGGUCAAAAUCCGCAACCUCCCUCCA